AUGAAAGGUGUGAUCCGAUUUGGAAAGAAAGGUAAGCUAGCGCCGAGGUAUGCAGGACCUUAUGAAAUUGUAGGACGAGUAGGAUCUGUAGCUUAUAAAUUAGCAUUACCGUUAGAGAUGUCUCAAGUACAUCUAGUGUUUCAUGUGUCAAUGCUUAGAAAGUAUAUUCCGGAUCCUGAACGUAUUAUCCAACCGCAAGAGGUCGAGAUAGACGAGGAUCUAUCUUAUGAGGAAGAACCUAUCGAGAUUGUCGAUACACAGAUUAGGAAACUCCGUAAAAAAGAGAUUCCAAUGGUAAAGGUUCUGUGGAGAAGUUGUAUGGUUGAGGAAUGUACGUGGGAAACAGAGGCGGAUAUGCGAAAACGAUAUCCCCACUUGUUUGCUCAAGUGCUGUGUGAUCACUGGUAUUGCAUAUUAGAAUGGGUUGCAUGUGAUGUUGUUGUGUGA